GUGGUGCCGCCGUGGUUAGUGCAGGGGGAGGCGGCCCCGGGUUCAAAUCCCGCCUCAGCCGCGGCGUCCUCCUCAGGCCGCUUCCCCCGUCCGAGGCUCCCGCCCCAUCAGACCGGGCUCACCUCGGCGGGCGUCGGGGAAGAGGCUCGGUGCCGUCUCGGGAGGGCGGAAAGAGGCUUCCCUGAGGAGAACUCGCUCGCUCGCCUCACGGAGGGCGCCGGCUUCCCCGCCGAGCUGAAACCCGAGCCGCUCGCCUCAGCCGCCUCCCGGGCGGCGUCCGCCCCUUCCAAGGGCGGGUUUUCCGCGCCUAUGAAAAGGCGAGGCGGCGCUCGGCUUCGGCAGCGGCGCGGACUCGGCAGGUGAGGCGAGGCGGGCGGGUCUGUGUCACUUCUGGGGCUGCGGAGGCCUCGACGUGUUCCGUAGAGAGCGGGCCCUCGCUAGCCUGGUGGUGCCUGGGCGGCGGCCUCCUUCCCCUCGCCCGCGGGCCGGCUGCUGGGCCGGCGGGAGCGGGCGCUGCCACCCUGGGGACCCGAGCGAGGGCUCGCCUCAGUUUCCCCCGCCUGGCGCGGGCAGAGUGCCUCUGAGCGCGGGCAGAGUGCCGCCUGCCUUCCGCUUGGGGCGCGGCGGACGGAGAGAGGCCCAAAGUCCGGGCACCGUCUUGGGAGGGGGGCGCCUGAACUUUUCCGCUGCGGUGCAGAAAUGGGCUGCUGCCUGCUAGGCCUCGCAAGUUAGUUAGUUAAUAAUAAUAAUAAUAAAUAAUAUAGUGAAAUCUGCCUAUCGCCCUUCAUCCGUAGAUCUCAGGGCGGUUCACAGAAUAAAAAUACAGGAUAAAAACCAAGAAACUAAUAUUAAGGACAAGAGAAAAGCAUACCAAUACUAUGGGCAUAGCUGGGGGGGGGGGGUUGCCACCCCAAUCAAUGAAAUUUAAUAAAAAUACAUAGCAAACUGAGGUUCUGCCCCCGCCCCAACAAAAGGCCUGCCCCUGGUAACAAAAAUCCUGGCUACAGCCAUGCUCCUCUCCUCCCCACCACAGCUCAUUUUGAAAACUUGAAAAAAUAGCUAUUUUUCCCAUGCUGCCAUAUCUGUUUCUGGAAGUGUGGCUAUAUGAUCUGGGGUUCUGAAACAGGGCUUCCCAAACAUGCGUCUCCAGCUGUUGUUGGACUAAAAUUUGCAUCGUCCCGGACCACUGGUCCUGCUAGAUAGGGAUGAGGGGACUUGCAGUCCAAAAACACCUGGAGAAUCGGGUUUGGGAAACCCUGCUCUGAAACUUACUGUGGGGUGCAAGACUGCCCCCAUAGCCUUAUUUGCAGUUGUCAUUUAGGGUCAAAUUGCAUUUCCAUGAACAUGACAGUUUUGAUGGAAGAAAAAUAUUGUAGCUCUUGAAGGUGAUAAUAUUGGGGGGGUCUUGAAGUUCACGGAGAUAGGAUGUGGCGUAGACCAAGACUUCUUUAGGGGUUCAGGGAUGUUUUGUUUUCUGACUGAACUGCAGUUUGACAUUUUGUGCAGGUAAGUGACAUGCCGUUGUUAUGAAAUAAGCAAACAGAGUAACUUGUGGAAAGCUGAAAUAUAAAUCAACCUGUAAUAAUAAUAGAAUGAGGAGGUAGUUUGCCCCCACACCCUGAUCUAAUAUCAUUACCAGAGGGGGGGAAGCAGUUGUUGGAUAAUAGAAAGAUAUAGAAGCCCCAUUUACCCUAGUCUAGACAGUCUACAUGUGCUGGUAUCCACUCCCUAUUUUGCCUUUAAGGGGAAUUUAAGGGAUUUCUUUUUUAAAAAGCGGUUAGCUCUCAGCCUCCUCCCUCAGUCUCGUGAAACAAAACCUGACUAGGAAGCAGAUAUGUUUUUACUCUGGUGCAUGUGGACAUAUGAUGCCAGUGUGCUGUGCCUCACCUCAGGAUCUGCUGACCAGCAUCCCUCACCUAAGAGUGUGUGGAGGGCAGUCCUACUCCAAAGGAAAAGCAGCCUCAGGGCCAAGAUCCAGCACCACUCUCCUGACAUUUGCUCCUGAUCAUAAUUGUAAUUCAAAACAUCUGUAGGGCAUCAGGUUUGGGAAAGCUGGUUUGGACUGGGAAUUGCUUCAAACAGUGGUGUGCAGGUAGGAGAGAGGUUUUUAUGUCUGGGUUGGGGGUGGGUGCCUGCAUGAUGGGGAGGUGAGUUUCACUCAUAUCUUCCUGCUCCGUUCAGUUUUUAAAAAAUCACAGGCACACAUGUCUGUGUUUGGUUACCAUGAGACACGCUGGUUUGGUCCUGAGAACAGAGGUCCCCCUCCAGCCACAGGUUGUUUGUGCCUCUUUUUGUUCUUUGUAUGAACAGGCCACACCUGGGUUCUUAAAGCUUGAUUCAGUGUUCUUGUUUGAAGGGUAAAGGUGUCUCAUUUAACAUGCUAGUUUGAUAAUUGCAGGAUAAUAAAGCCGAAUAAUGAUAUUCUAAUUGGUGCUGCAACAAGAACCAGUUAAACAAGUCCAUCAAUUUCUGUAUUAAGAGCCAGGAGCUGAAGUUGGUGUUUCCUAAGCUGUUCUAGCUUGUACUUUGGGAACUGCUUGGGCUAAAGUAGCAUUUUCGACCUGCUUCUUAUCACCUGUGCAGAUUCCAUGCUAAAAACUCUGUCACAAGAGAAGCUGAUUUCUCUCAUUUGAGUGAACUAUGAAAAUUAAGCAGAUGUGCACAAUUCCCUAUGCUGCAACUUUUCUUUUUUUGCAUAAUUUAUUCUGCUUCUGGGAGUUGUACAAAGGAGCCAUAAUGAGUAGCCUGCCCCAGCCUGAACUACAACUCCCAUCAGCUCCUACUAGUGCUGCUGUUGAGAGCUGUAGAAGUUUUAGUCCAAAGCAGCUGGUGGAUACCAGGUUGAGGAAGGUUGAUAUUGGGCAUUGAAACCUCCCUUCUCCCUCCUUACUAAUGAAAACCAUAUUCCACAGUUUCUGUGGCUUCUGAGAUUUCACCAGGUGUGGUGCAUAGACACCUCACAACCAUAAACAGCCCUUUGAAAAGGAGGGGCAGAUUUAGGCAUUUUGGCAGAUUUGCAGCAUGCAUUGCUGCUCUGGCUUCUAAAAGCCUUUCUAGAGGAUUGUUUUAUGGUACAUUCAAUAGCAUGGGUGCUUGUCUGAUGGUUGCUAAAGGUCUUUGCUCCAGCUAAUGCUGUUUUGGUCUAGCUAGUGCAUUUGAGUAUGUAUGGGAUGACUUCCGUCAAACAGUGUCCUACUGGGACAGGAGUUGGGAAAACACUUAAGUUCCUAGUCUUUAAAAGGUGAUGCUUGCUGUUAGGAUUUGGAAACUUUUUUCCACCCCUACUCCAGAAUUGGUAGCCAGUUUUCUUUGCAUGGGGCUAAAUAGAUGAAAGAGUCACAAUACAAAUCAGGUUUUGUUCCACUCUAAGAUUUUGUUAUAAUUAGUUUUCCAUGGUUGGGUAGAUUAGGAAACAUGUCCAGAGCUUGUAGGGAGGCCUUUGCCAAGGGGAGUCUGUUUGAGAAGACUUAAAGAAAGGAAUUGAGAACAAAGCUCUGAUUAACUUGGGAUUGUUCUGCUUGAAUUUUGAGCGUCUUGUCUUAUUACUUAUUCAUUUAUUGUGCUUUUCUCCUGCCUUACAUCCUGCACUUGCCCAGGGCAGAAAUGCAGGCAUUGACAAUCCAAUAAAACAGCCAUAUAAAAAUAAUAUCCUCUAAAAGCACAUUACUUGGUAAAGCAGGUGAAUAAUGUGAACAGUUAAAACAUUGUAUUUAUUUCAUAAAAUUUGUACUAUGCUUGAUUGUAAACAGAACUACACUCAAAGUGGUUUACAAAUAAAAUCAGUAAGAUUUAACAAUGAUGUAAGACCUUCAAAAAGCUAAAACAACAAUAGACUAAAAAAAGAUUAAAACUCACAUCAGCUUUCUAAGCAUCUGUCAAAACAAAAAUGUUUUCAGCAGGCACCCAAAAUAAUACAAUGAAGGUGCCUGCCUGAUGUAAAUAGGUGAAGAGUUUCAAAGUGUAGGUGCAAAAUCGAGAUAUUGCCAAUGUGUAUUAUGUGGCACCUGUAACAAUGCCAGUUCUGCAGAUAGAAGCCCUCAAGUAGACAUAGAUGGGGUAAGGUGAUUCUCGCAGAUAAACUGGCCCCGAGUUGUUAAGGGCUUUAUAUACUAACAGUAACACCUUGAAUUUGGCCUAGUAGCAAAUUGACAACUAGUACAGGUCUAUUGAGUUGAAUUUACAACCAGCAAGACAGAAACAAAGACCAGACCAAAUGCUAAAUGGGCAGUUGUUGUUUUUUCCACUUCUUUUUGUUCUUCUGGCUAUUUCGUAGAGGCGAGAGAAGAACUGAACACAUGCCUCCAAAUUAGCUCUGAGGGUUCCCACAACUUUCUGCAGCAGAUUUGACACACGGAUUCAACCCAUAAUUUUUUAUUAUUUUACUUUAUUUUACUAAAUCCCCAUCCUUUCUGCCCAAAAAUGUAUUUCAGAGGUAGAUGUUCUCAUUGGGGUAACCCAGUGAAGUUGACCCAUCCAGUCCAGCAUCCUGUUCUCACAAUAGCCAACGAGAUGCCACAAUGGGAAACCCGUAAGCAGGACCAGAGCUCAAGAACUCUCUCCCCUCCUGUGGUUUCCAACAACUGGUGUUCAGAAGCAUCGUUGCCUCCAACUGUGGAGGGGAGAGCAUAGCCAUCAUGGCUAGUAGCCAUUGAUAGCCCUUUCCUCCAUGAACUUGUUAAUCCUCUUUUAAAGCCACACAUGUUUGUGGUUAUCACUUCUUCCUGUGGGAAUGAGUUCCAUCGAUUCUACCCUGCAUGAAUAAGGACUUUCUUUUGUCAGUCCUGAACCUUCCAUCAUUCAGCUUGUGGAUGUCCACAAGUUCAGGAUUCAGAACCAUCGGCAAAGACAGCAAGUUCUUCACUCAACAUAUAAUAGAUUAUGGAAAUCACUGCCAUGUGGGAGUGCCAGCUUCCAAGCCAGCCUCUGUAUCUGUGCCUUUUAACUGCAGUUUGAUGUGCACUGACAUUUGCAGGGGUUGAUCUCAUUUCCAUGGUGUGAAAUGGCUUCUUCUGUAGGUCCAGCUGAUGUUGAAGGCAUUGCUAGGGUGUGAAAUGGUAUUAGGAAACCCGGGCGGGCCUUUUCAGGUCAGUUGGUAACCUUUGCCGUUAUUUGAUGUUGUGACGCCACUGACUUAGAUUUAAAAAAUAAAAAUUAGGCAACCCUAGAUUUGCAGUGCCAACUAGAUUUGCAAAGCGAAUCUCAACGUCAGUGUCUCCUACAGAACUAAAAGCAGGAAGUAGAGAUUUGAAUGAAUAAACCUUGUUAUGCUUGUAGCUGGCAAAUGAAAACCAUCCGCUUAAGGAAAGUUGCUGACCUUGUUUUUCCUAAUGAAAUGUAGCAGAGGGGCAGAGCAGUCAACGCGGCUUUGAUGUUGUGUUUUCCACUGCUAUGCAUGGGGCAUGCAAAACGGAUGAAAAUGAUUCUAAAUGAUUAUGAUAUCCCAUGCUGCUUAUUUGACUAUGCCUCAUGGCAAAUAAACCAAGAGUAAAUCAUUACAUUUACACAUCUGUAGAGCUCUUUGGGAUACUUUGUUUUCUAGCUUUUUUAUUUCCUUGAGGGAUAAGCUGGGGGGUGGGUGCAACUAAUUAUUAAGACUACUAAGAGAAAUUAAAAGGGGGAAAUCCUGUACUUGAGUUCUGCCAGCAAUGAUAUAGCAUCAUAGAACUAUAGAGUUGGAAGGGACCCAGGGGUCAUCUAGUCCAACCUCCUGCAAUCACAGCUGAAGAAUCCCUGACAGAUGGCAAUCCAAGCUCAGUUUAAAAACCUCAAAUGAAGAAGAGUCCAUCACCUUCCAUCGGAGUCCGUUGCACUAUCGAGCAUCUCUUGCUGUCAGACAGUUCUUCCUAAUUUUUAGUUGGAAUCUCCUUCCUUGUCAUUUAAAUCCAUUGGUUUGGGUCCUCCCCUCUGGAGAAGCAGAAAACAAGCUUGUUCCAUCUUCUAUGAUUCCAUGAGGUCAAAUUAUCUCUCCUAUAAUCCAUUGCAGUUAACGUUAGCAGGAGGUGGGUGGGUGGAAGCUCCAACUGAAGCCAAUGCUAUUUGCAGCUUUGGAAGAGGAGAGUUUUUCAUAAGGAUCAGAGCUGGAGAAUGGAGGGAAUAAGGUUCCUCUCCUAAUUUCUACCUCUUCGGCCUAGUAUUAUCUAGUGAUUUCUAACUACACCAUAAAAGUGGUAGCUGGUUUGGGCCCCAGCUACUAAUUUAUUACCACACUCUUUUCUUGAAGAACUCUUGAGGAGAGCUGGGUUCUGAAGUAGUCUGAAAACCAGGCAGUUUACAAGGCCUGUGGUUUGUCUCUGGAACUUUUUUUUUUUUUUAGCUGUGGGUUUGGGUACAGAAACUGGAAUCUGAACGUUAUAUUGCAAGAUGUACAGCGCAAUCCAACCCAUGUCUACUCAGAAACAAGCCCUUGGAAUCGUGGCUUUGCCACAGUUGCAAAAUGUGUCAUCUGGUUAGUUCCCUCUUAGAAUCCACCAGAUCUUUACUUUUUAAAAAAUCCACGUAUUGUUUUGUGAAAGAGAGUUUGGUUUCCCAGGAAGCUGCUUCUCCUAUGUGAGUCCUUAUUUACAUCAGGAGAUGUGCCUGGCAGUUCAGUGAAACAUGUCUUGCAUGUUCAUAAGACGAGCUCUGCUGUUGGUUAGUCAUAGUAGUCAACUUAUUUGUAUACAGCAUCACACCCAAAUACAUCUGUGCUCAAAGAGGGUCACAUAUGAAAUGGUGCAAGUAAAGUUGCACAAUAACUACACUUAAUUAAAUAAUAAUAAUCUCACUUUAACAUAACACUUAAGAGAAGCAACGAGUGACAACUCAUUUAACGUACAUCAAAAUUUAAGUGAGCUUGAAGUUUGGCAAUAGGCCAGUUGACAGUGCCCAAGAACUUUAUGCCUCAACCCCAAAAGUCAUAAAUUCUGCUCAUGGUUCCACUGGGAGCAGCUAUAUUAAGAAAGAGCUGUUUGACAGUGGAACGAACUGCCUCAGAAGUGGUUGGAGCCUUUUUAAACACUAGAACUCAUGGACAUCCAAAUAAAGCUGCAUGUUGGAAGUUUCAGGACAGAUAGAAGAAAGGACUUCUUCAUGUAGCCAGUUACUUACUCCCACAGGAGGCAGUGACGGCCACCAACUUGAGUGGCUCUAGAAGAGGAUUAGACUAAUUCUUGGAGGAGAGGACUGUUGAUGGUUCUUAGCCAUCCCAGUACGUUUCUGAGCACAAUUCAAAGUUUUGGUGCUGACCUUUAAAGCCCUAAACGGCCUCGGUCCAUUAUACCUGAAGGAGCGUCUCCACCUCCAUCGUUCUGCCCAGACACUGAGAUCCAGCACCAAGGGCCUUCUGGCAGUUCUCUUGCUGCGAGGAGAAGCCAAGUUACAGGGAACCAGGCAGAGGGCCUUCUCAGUAGUGGCACCUGCCCUGUGGAACGCCCUCCCAACAGAUGUCAAAGAAAUAAACAACUACCUGACAUUUAGAAGACAUCUGAAGGCAGCCCUGUUCAGGGAAGCUUUUAAUGUUUGAUGGACUACUGAAUUUAAAUAUUUUGUUGGAAGCUGCCCAGAGUGGCUGGGGAAACCCAGCCAGAUGGACGGGGUAUAAAUAAAUGAUUAUUAUUCUUAUUGCCAUGAUGGCUAUGCUCCGCCUCCACAUUUGGAGGCAGCAAUGCUCCUAAAUACCAGGUCCUGGAAACCACAAGAGCGACGAGUGCUCUUAUGCUUGGAUCCUGUUUGCAGGUUUCCCAAAAGAGGUGUCUGGUUGGCCCCUGUGCGAAGAGGAUGCUGGACUGGCUGGGCCAUUGGCCUGAUCCAGAGUCUGUUCUUAUGUCUGUGUUACUGGAACCUGGGCUUGGGGUUAAGCUCUCUCCUUAAACAUGAGCUGUAACCAAAAAACCCCACACAGCCUGGGUUUGGAGAAGAGAGACUGGAAAACCAUGUGCUUGGAAACCAUUUCAGUUCCACAUUACUCUGGUUUUGCUUUUACUGGGGGGGAGGAAGACUUAAAACAGUCUGAGUCAAAGCUUUGUUUGAAGAGCUGAGUUUUGAAGCAGGCUUUGCCUGGUUCUUCCAGACUGAAAAACCAUGCUCCUUGUUUCCUUGGCAGCUUGACAUGACUGAGGCACAAACCUGGGAAUGAGGCUAAAAAGUGCCGGCUUAAAAGCUUCAUCUUUUGCGUAUGACAAAUUUAAAUAUUAGAUUUGCCUCGUGUUUGUAGAAGGUGCAAUACCACACAUGUGUAUAUUUGCAUUUUGUAUUUUCCUAGAUUUGUGAAGCCUGCUCAGACCAAGCCUCUUCAGACAGCAUGAGUGGUGCUGUUUCUGUGGAUUCUGGCUGGGUGGGGCUGUCUCUUCUGGGGAACUCUUGAAUCAGUAGAAUCCCCACAGUCAGUUUGGUGCUCCACCUAUUAUCCACAAUUUGGCUUCUGCCCACUCGCUCAGUCAUUAGAGUGGCCCUGUAUCUGACAUCACACAUGGCUGGCCACCACUGGAGUGAUUUGUUCAUUCAUUUGAUCUGGCACAAACCACUUGUUUCUGGAACACAGUUUCCUGCUUACGGGUUUAUCACAGGAAUCUUGGUGGCCACUGUGAGAACAAGAUGCUAGCUAGACUAGAUGGGCCCCCAGUAGCCAGACUCUUCUUAAGUUAUUUUGUGCUUUCUGCUGUCAUGUGUCCUGUUCUGGGACAGGCAAGGCUGGUAGAAAAAUCCAUCAAAGCACUUCAAGUCCAGAGGUUGCUCUGUGGUGCCAGAUCUCUGCUUCACAUCAAGAUGAGUUUUGUCAUUGUUUGCUUCUUCAACCAAGUUUGUCUCCCAACACAGCUUACAAUUAAAAUGCCCACAAACUUUCACUUAUAAUAGGGGCAUGUGGGGCUGUGUGGGGCCACCUCUUCGGACACAGCCCAGGUUCAAGACCAUUCCAGGGGUGGGGGGUGCUGAUGCUAAAGAUGCCAGCAUAGUAAAAGAGGAUUUCCACUGAUUGCAGAAUCUCUGGUUCAUAGCAGUUAAGAACAUGAGAAGAUCCUGCUGGAUCUAGUCCAGCAUCCUGUUGUCACAGCGGCCAACCAGAUGCCUCAGUGGGAAGCCCACAAGCAAGAUCCAAGCACGAGCAACUCUCCCCUCCUGUCUUUUUCAGCAACUGUUACUCAGAAGCAGUGUUGCCUCUGACUAUGGAGGCAGAGCAUAGCCAUUGUGGCUAGUAGCCUUCAGUAGCCCUCUCCUUCAUGAACUUGUCCUUUAAAGCCAUCCGGAUUGGUGACCAUCACUGCCUCCUGUGGGAGUCAGUUCCAUAGAAUAACCAUACGUUGCAUGGAGAAGUACUUACUUUUAUCUGACCUGAACCUUCCAACAUUUAGCUUCAUUGGUCAUCCAUGAGUUCUAGUGUUAUGAAAAAAGGGGGGAUGGACAUGUCUCUAUCUUCUUUCUGCAUGCCAUGCAUCAUUUUAUAAAUUUCUAUCAUGUCACCUCUCUUGCCUUUUCUCUAAACUAGAUGGCAUUUGAGGAGUUUUAACUGAGAACAGGCUGUGCAGAACUGCCCAUGUACGCUUGAAAAUCUUAGGAUUUUGUUGUAGUUUAGUUUUGAGACGUAUGUGGUGGGGGUGUUGCAACUCCUUGGGGAAAGGAUGUGUCUAGAGGUUUGCCCCCAAAGUAGGCAGGGCUGUUCCUCUCUAGUACUGGGUGGUACCAGGUGGCUUAGCAGCCCCUCUCUCCCAUGCCAGGAGAUCACUGCUUUUGAAGUCAAAUAUUAUCUAAAUCACCUCUUUGUUUUAUUGCAGAUAAUCAUUGGCUUGGGAAAUUCCAGACCAGGUGGCUGUCAUGGUGAGUGAUUCCUGUUUCCACAGCAUGUACCAAGCUGUGCCUGGUACGCUCUGAGCCCAAUAAACAGGGCCAUUGUUCUGUGACAUUGAGUUGGGGAAAUAAAACAGACGGAAGACUCACUCUUAUCAGAGCAAGAAUUAUAUGAUAGUGCCAUGGGAAGGUUCCAACAGAGCUGACAGUUGGCAACAGAAAGGUCAGGGCUGCUGGGUCCUCAUAAAUCCUCUUCUGCAGCCUUCGCCAACCUAGUGCCCUCCCAGUGUUGUUGGACUACAACUCCCAUCAACCCCAGCCAGUGUGCUGGGAGGGCACCAGGUUGGCAAAGGCUGUUCUUCUACGUAUCAUAAUUCCCCACUUCUGUCCUGUGGAAACUUAACCUAUAUAUGCUUUUGUAGGGGGAGGAGUCAGACCCCACACCCUUUUGGUUAGGUAAACAAGACAAGAGAAUAUUUAUUGCAUUUUCAUCCCACCUAUCCUCCAAGGAGCUCAAGGUGGUAUACAUAGAGUGGUUCUCUUCUUCCUCAUUUUAUCCUCACUUCAACCCUGUGAGGUAGGAUAGCUGAGAGAUUGUGAAUGGCUCAGAAUCACCCAUAGAGCUUCAUGGCUGAGGAGGUCCUGACUAGGUCCUUAGCCAACACUCUAACCACUUCACCACACUGGCUCUCUUAUACCAAGUGAAGAUUAUUGGUUCAUAAAGUCCAGCAUGCCUUACCUUGAGUUGUGGUAGUUUCCUUAAGCUUUCAGGCAGGGAUCUUUCCCACCACCUGAGAUCCUCCUUUAACUGGAGAUUGAAUUUAGGAUCUUCCACCUACCGCAUGUGUGCUCUAGCAUUGAGCUGCAGCUUUCCCAAUCUCUACUGGAAUUUGGUGUUGCCCGCUGGCAACAGGUAAGCAACAGACAUAAUAGCCACCAUUCUGAAGAAAUAUAGCACACCUCACAAUCUCUGUGCUUUUGCUACUAUGGCUUUCAGUGAGCUAUUUGGAGCCCAGUUGAGUUAUUUGGAGCCACAACCACUGGUAUAUCCCUUUUUGUGAUGGCAUUUAACAGCUGAUAUUCUUUGGCUUUAGGCAGGAAACCGGGGAACUAUCAAAGGAGCUUCCAACUUCAGGGCAGACGAGGAUGCCCAGAAACUUCGUAAGGCCAUGAAAGGACUAGGUGAGUCUCUGGCCCCCCCUCUCUCUGAUGGGGUGGGGAACUUCAAGACCAGGCAUUAGAAACCAGUGGCCCUCCAGACCUCUCUGUCUGGCCCUUGGGGCUCUCCACAGACCACAACUCUCGCCAGCCUUGCUCUGUACCCUUCCUGAUGCUUUUGCCUGCCUGGAGUGUGUCAUUGGCUUGUGACAAUUACCUCUUGCUUGUGUGGAUGGAGGUAGGUAUAUAUUUAUAUAAGUCUCUCACUUUUACAUUGUGGCUGGAAUGCUUUUGCCUCCACAAGGGAAUGCAGCCCUUGAGCUGGAAAGUGUUCUGUGUCUCUCAUGAAACACUCAUUAUUUUUCUUCUGUCUCAGGUCAGUGGUUCUGCAGGCUUUGGGCUAAUAGCCAUGGGAUUUAAACAGUUUUAACAGAGCAAGCCAUUAGUUCUGUAUCAAGGGCUGUCAAAAUGGCCUUGGUUAUCUUGCAUCUAUGUACUGUAUACAGUGGUGCCUCGCAAGACGAAAUUAAUCCGUUCCGCGAGUCUCUUCGUCUUGCGGUUUUGUCGUCUUGCGAAGCACGGCUAUUAGCGGCUUAGCGGCUAUUAACGGCUUAGCGGCUAUUAGCGGCUUAGCGGCUUUAAGAAAAAGGAAACAAACUUGCAAGAACUCGCAAGACGUUUCGUCUUGCGAAGCAAGCCCAUAGGGAAAUUCGUCUUGCGGAACGACUCAAAAAACGCAAAACCCUUUCGUCUAGCGAGUUUUUCGUCUUGCGAGGCAUUCGUCUUGCGGGGCACCACUGUACAUAAAAAGAAAUUAUCCCUAGAGAAUGGUCCGUCUAGCAUGGUCGCUGUCUACUCUGAUCGCCAUUGGCUCUCCAGGGUAUUGUGCAGAGGUCUUCCUUUCUUUGAUGCUCAGUCCUUUUAACAAGAGGCGUGAUGGAUUAGACCUGGAUCCUUCUGCAUGCAAAGCAGGCACUCUAGCACAGAGCAUUCACAUCUGCCACUCAGUUCUACAGAUUAGAGUUGCAGUGGAAAGGCAGGAAUUGCCUGCCAAGCUGUGUCCCCUCCACCAAUCUGCUCAGCAGAAUUUUGGACCCCAUUGUGCCGUAAGGAGAGUCUAGAAACGGUCAGGGUGCAUCACACCAAAGACCUAGGUGGACUUGCAGGUGACUUCCAGGAAGGUGGCCAAGCCACACCCUUAAAGAAGAGUCUUCUUUAUCAUUGAGGCUCUCAAAACUGAAAGUGUCCUUUAAAAAAAAAAUAAACUGAACCACCGGGGUUCAAGGAGGACUAGAGAAUAGCUUAUUCAUAGCUCCACAGAAGAUAAGUGUGAUUUCAUAGAAAUCUGUAUCCUAAUGGAUCUAGGACAUGACAGCUUGCGACUUGGUAUAGAAAAAACGAAGAGAGGAAAUUUAAUUGCCAAAUGCCCUAAUAACCUGGCAACAAUGUAUCUUCCCUAUUUAAUGACUAGUGUUUUCCCAUUGGAAGAGAGCAGAGCUGGGGUUCCCAAUAGCUCCCUUGGUGGUCUUGCACAACCUCACCCCACUAGUCUCUAUAUUGACCCAUGCUCAGUCCCCUUCAUUCACAUCCACCUUCUUAGGCUGCAUGUGCAUCAGUGUGUAAACUAGUGGAUGUGCAUGUGUGUCUGUGAGCAUAUUUACACUUCUAGAGUGUAAUUGCUGCUUCCUAGCUUGUCAGUAGUUACCAUGGUAAAUUGAUGUCAUUGUCUCUCCACCCCCACGUGGGUUUUCUUGCUUGAAUUUCAAAUAAGUUGGUUGCUUUUCUUGCCUCAGGUACAGAUGAAGAUGCCAUUAUUGACAUUUUGGUUAACAGGAAUUUGGCCCAACGGCAGGAGAUUAAGAUAGCCUACAAAUCCACUAUUGGGCGGGUAGGUACAUUGAAUAGGAACUAUCUAGUUCCUUGGUUCCCUCUUCUCCCUGCUCCCCACCUCUAGUUUUUGAGAUUUUAGAAGUUUUAUAGUUUAAAAUCUGUCAUGGCAAGUAUUAUUAUUUUUUGUACUGAUCAGCCUAUAAUACUUCACCUGCCCAAAUGACAUAUCUAUGUCCUCCCUUGAGUCUGCUUCCCCCUCACCUGUGGUUUCCCCAACUUUUAAAUAGCCACUCACUUAGUCACCUGUGAUGAAUAGGAAUACUUUUCAAGCAACCAGAAAAAGCAUGAUUUCUUUCUCUUCCCCAGUCCUCUGCACGCUUAUUUUAUUUAAAAUCAUCUUAAAUCCCAAUAUUACAAAAAAAGUCAUUAAAAUCAAAGACACAAUAAACUGCUCCAGUACUGAAGAAAAACAAGUUCUGCAGUUGAAAGCAUAUACAGAAGAGGAGCCUGCUAACGAGUCUUCAGGCUGGCAGUCCAAAAAUGUGAAGGAGCGGAAAGGCCAUUUUUGUUCUUUAGCUGACUACAGAUCAAGCAAGGGGGUGGUCAAACAGACCUCAUCCUGGUAGGGAGUUCCACAGUCUGAGCAUGAACACUUAAAAGACCUUCUCCUCUGCUUGGGGUCCAGGGAAAAUGGCAGGCUCAUACGGCCACAUAGGCCUAGCGCAGUUGGAAGUCAGCAGGCGGGCUAGUUAAAAACGUAUCUAAUUUGGGGGAAUUUAUUUGCAAGGCUGGGCUGAAUGUUGGACAGCAGAGCAGGGGUUAAGUGUCUCAUCAGCCGUGCAUGUGCUCUGGGGCCUUUGGCCUUUGGCAAGUCACACAAGUGCAGUUUCGUUUGCCCAUUUGGGCAGUUUAACCUCAGAGGCCUGUAAAGCACUUAUCAGAUUCUAAGUAUGGUGAACUAUGUUUAAUAAAAGUAAGUAGCAAAGGUAGCAGUGAGUGCUCAUAGUUCUGAGGGCUUUGGGAGGUAAUAAAGGAAUAUUCCAGUGAUGCAUACAAAUGUUUAAUAUGCAUACAUCAGUCACCAUCCAUAAAAAUGAAUUUACAGGUCCCCUCCAUUGGCAGUGAUGUUAAUAAUUGGCAGACGUUCUCAGCCUGUAGUACAAAUAUUUGUCUUAAGUAAACCUCUGUGAAUCCAGGGGGGGGGGGGGUUGAUCACCUUAUUGCAUUCCUGUUAAGCCAAGUGGAGGAGCUCCACUCUCACUAACUUUUCUUACCUCUGAUGUGCUUAAAAGCACAUUUUCACAGUUGCUUCUCUGUGAGAUAUUCACCCAAACCAUGUCUUUCCCCAACAGGAUUUGAUUGACGACUUGAAGUCUGAGUUGAGUGGGAAUUUUGAAAGGGUUAUCAUUGGACUGAUGACACCCAUCACUCUGUAUGACGUGCAGGAGCUGAAAAGAGCUGUCAAGGUUUGCAAAGGCUUGUAACAGAAGCCCAAGUAUGAGUGGACUCUUGCCCAAUAAGCAUAAUUCCUACAGUAUUGUCAUGUAAAAUUGGGUGGGACAUAACUGGGGUCUGCACACAGAUCAUGUAACUGGAAUCAUGGAAUCAUAUGCACAUUUUGCUGGACAGGGCCUGGUUUCCAGAGUAUGUGGUACUAGGAUCAUGGAAUCAUAGAAUGGUAGCCUUGGAAAUGAGACCCAACCGAUCAGAUAGUCCAAUCCUGUGCAAUGCAGGUAUCACAGCCAGGAAGGAGAGAUGGGAAGGGAAACAGAACUUCCAGAGGGUUCAGAUAAAACCAUGUUGCAGCCAAAGAAAAGUUGCCCUGGAGCAACCUGGAUGGGUCUGCUUUGGGUGUGAUGAAUUCCGGCUACAGGGCCCCACCACACUGGUGUUUGAGAGCGGGCGCAUUCUGCAACGUGCUGUUGACACAAUAAUAGUGCCCUGGUGGUGGAUUUAUUCCUCUUUUGUCUGUGCUGGGGUGCUUCCCCAUGCAUCUUGGACUAUGGCACAACAGAAACAGGAGAAGAAUAAACCAGAAUGUUUUUGGUAUAAAAAGUAAUCUGAUUUCAGCAGGUUGUUGCACUGUCUGGAAGUGAAGCGCAGUGACCACCCCAAAACAUUUGCAGGCACGCGCCAUCAUUAAUGUGCAAUAAAAAGGGCAGAACCCUCUGAGCAGAAUGAAAACCACUGUAGAAUGAGCACUGCUGCAUUCUCAUCUGUUUUGAGGCCAGUGGGUACUUUCCCACCCUCCAUCUUGGUGUUUCUCUAAGUUGUUGGUUUUUUUCAAAGAAAGGACUCCUCAGGGAGGUUCAGCAUUUAAAUCCUGCCUGCAUUGGGAUGAGAACUCUCCCUUUCUCCCUGGUGGUCAUUCUGUUCAUGUUCUCUGUCUGUCUGUCUCUCUCUCAGGGGGCUGGGACAGAUGAGGGCUGCCUCAUAGAAAUAUUAGCUUCUCGUACCAACCCGGAAAUCAGACGGAUUAAUGAAACCUACAAACAUCGUGAGUAUAAAGAGAUGUUUGUGAGUUUCUUCCUGUGGUGUUUGCUUGUGUGGGAGAACUUGGUGUUAGGUUGUGCCCAGAUCUGUCUAAUCUUCCUUCCUGAAUCGGCUGCCUGAGGUAGUUACCUUGUCGUGUGGUGGGUACGUGAACGUGACUCUAAUUUCUCAGUACUCUCUGGAGUAUUUUCAGUAACCCAUUGUGUCUUGGCUUUCUUGACAGAGUAUGGGGUUAGCCUUGAGGACGACAUCGUCUCAGACACCUCCUCCAUUCUCCGGAGAGUGCUGGUGUCUCUUUCCACUGUAAGUAAUCAGGUUGGCAAAGGCUGCCUUAUGGCAAGCUUUCACAACCACCUCUCCCUCAUUUCUUUCUUUGUCAAUAUUUAAGGCAGACAUGCUAUGAACCACUUGCAUGAUGCUUGUCCAUUGGUUUGGGACCCCUUGGUACUGUUUACAUCCAAGGGCCUUUUUGCUGCCUUGGAAUCUCCCCUCAUUUAAGCUGGAUACAUUGGAUCAGUGGUUCCCAAACUUUUUGGGACACACUUUUUUGGGGAAUGAGUUCCAUAAACUCAUCUCCAGUGCCCCCUACCCUACCCUAUAAAAAAGCAUUAUUCAGAAUAGUGGUUUACAUGACCAAAGGAUGAUAAUAACAAAAUGAAAUUCAAAACAGUAACAAUUAAUUGCACACUUAUUCAAAAUCCAAUUAAAACUGUUUAGUUUAAUUCAGCAAAAUUGAUGAACCAGAUCCAGUGAUACCAGUUUUUCAAAGUCUGAUAGUCAUUGACACCUGCAGUGCCCCGCUAGGAAAUUCCCACCCCUGCAUUAGACUGAAUUUAACCUAUGCCUCUUGUUUCCAGGGCAACAGAGAUGAGAGCAGCUAUGUUGAUGAGGGCCUGGCCGUGCAAGAUGCCCAGGUCUGUAGCUCUUUGCACUUGGGGAACAGAUCUUACUGCAGAAAAAUACCACAUUGGGGCAGCAGCUUAUAUCACAGUUGCCUCCUUCAGGGGAGUGAAUUCUUCUAACCCAGGGCUAUUUCUCUCUGCUGUGAUUUUAAACAAUGUGUGACAUAAGCACCACCUUUUUACCUACUUGGAACUUGUCUGGGCUAUUGGAUGCCGCAGCCAAGCUCUUGUUUAGACCUCCCUUCUCCCCUCACAGGCUCUGCUUCCCUCCCAGGUUUCCUUGUCCUUCUGCACAGACCUUUUAAAAAUUGAUGCCUUUUUAUCUGCACUUCUCAUUUUCAGUGUCUGUACGAAGCUGGGGAGAAAAGGUGGGGCACUGAUGAGGCCCAGUUCAUGAGUAUCCUGUGCUCAAGAAGCAGAAACCACCUGUUGAGGGGUAAGAGGCUGAACAUUUUGGAUGGUUGUUGUACAGAGACUCCCCUUGGGCAUCUGGGAUGCUUUCAGAAUAUGUGCAAAGGGGAGGGAGCCCUUUCUCGUACAUAUGCCAAGAGGGUAGGAAUUUAAAGUGUCUCUUUACCACACUUAAGUGUAGGAAAUUUCAUCAUCGUCAACCUAAGUUUAUUUGUAUGCUGUUUUUCCAUGGUAAAACCAAGCUCAAAGAGGUUCAGAACCACACACAGACUAAAAUAUAACAGCAUUUCAAGGUAAUGCAUCAACAAUGACAAAACAUAACACAAUUUUUUUAAAAAAUCACAUUAAUAUCAAUCAGGCAAACAAAGAUCUCAUGUUAAUAAACACUGAAACAAUGUCUAACAAUAAAAUACAGAACAUUCAGAGGCCAUUUCUUAGCAAUGGCAAAAGGGAAGCUAAAAAGCAAGCAUGUGAUUUGCCACAUGACAGUUGGAGGUUUGUAGUCUAAGCAAAGGCAGUAACAUGACUCUUAAGGGUGGAGCCAGCCCUGGCGUGACUUCUAAGGAUGUGUAACCAGCCCUGACAGAUACUCUUACUACAGUUUCCUUUUGGGACUCUUUCCAACUUAAUUUCUUUCUCCUGUGGAGGAGCGUACAUGAGAUGCUCUUCCGGAUUGCAAAAUUCAUACAGCAUUUAUAUGCUGCCAUAGUGUCUUUCUUCCAUGCCCAUGGAAACUUGCAUUGACAUGAACCCCACGGAUUUCCUGGGAAGGAGAUCUGUAUCUUCCUGUUUUUUGCUCCACCAGUUCUUACAGUAAGAGUUGGCUUCAAGACAAGUCUGCUGCAUUUGCUUUGCUACCACCUGUUGGUGCUUGUCUUUCAUUCACUCUGUGGGUUUUUAAUCCUUCUCCUCCUUCUAGAUAAAUGAAAGUUUGUGAGCCCAGUGAGCAGUAUGCAGAGCACUGUAGCUCAGAAGAUGUGCAAACACAAGCAGCUUCCUGAACCUUUGAGGGCCUUUUGCGUUUUUGCCUUUAAGCUCGAUCCAAAAAUGGAUUGCCUUGGCCAAACCUUAAUUAAUUGAUGGAGCUGUAAAGUAAGGACACAGUUUGAGACUACACUAACGUAGACUGAAAAAAGGCAAAAUAUGGAAGGUUGUCUUUCCUUUUAAUACCUACAAUAUAUAGAAACCUUUUUUUAAAAAAACAAAAGUCCUCACACACACGGUUUUAGAAACCCCCGUGUCUGUUCAACCCAACUUGCCACGACACAAUAUUUCUUUUUUCCUUUUUCUUUAAUUCUUUAAACAUAUACAACAUCGCAGAGAUAAAUUAAGUAAUAUAUCACCAGAAGCUGGUGUUUAGGCAAUACGUGCAGUUCUUAUCCCAGACUACUUUUUGUACAGAAGGCAAUAAAUAGUUUAUUAAGCAAAAAGUUUUAUAAUGUGAGGGGAGCUGUCUGUUUUUGUUUUUAGCUAUGUACAUAAUGAAACUGUGCUAUUCAUUUACAAAAGAGACUUUAUGUUUCAAGCUUUGUGCCAAUUUUAUUAUUUUUCUACAAGUGCUGUUUGCCACUUUGUUCUACCAAUUUGUCAGAGAAACACUAAGUUCCUCCAGAAUCCUGUUGUUAUGCACCUGGGUGCUAGGAGAAGAGAAUUUACUAAAAGUUAAAACUGUAUAAGUUAAUACUGUCUCCCAUAAAUGGAUUGAGAAGAGCCAGAGACAUUUUAUCCAGUAAGUGGUUUUAUUUGAACAAAUACUUCAUCCCAGAACUGAGCCACUGAGCGACAUGCCAUUUUUACACCUCUAUCAUUGAGGCCAAGACCAAUUUACCGUAUUUUUCGCACCAUAGGACGCACAGGACAAUAGGACGCACUUUGUUUUAGAGGGGGGAGAACAAGAAAAAAAAAAUUUCCCCCUCUCUGCCCAGCGCCCCUUCAGUGAAGCAGCAGGAGGCGCUGCACAGAGAGGGGGAGCACGUUCCCCCUCUUCGGGUCCCGCUCUAAAACAAGGUGCCGAUUAACGUGCGUGCAGGCGGCGACCAUGGAAGCCUGGAGAGCGAGAGGGUCGGUGUGCACUGACCCCUCUUGCUCUCCAGGCUUCAGGUUCCUUCGACCUGCUCUUUGGGGCUGGCGGGGAAGCCCACCACCAGCCCCAAAGAGCAGGUCAGGCAGCAGCUGGAAAGGUGCAGCGGAGAGGCUCCUGCCAUAGCCGCGCGUCACCUCUCCAGCCGGGAGAGGGUCGCAGGGGCUGCUUAGCCCUGCGCGCGCUCUCCCGGCUGGAGAGGUGACGCGGGGCUGUAGAGGCUCCUGCCAUGGCCGCGCAUCACCUCUCCAGCCGGGAGAGCGCGCUGGGCUAAAGCCAUAGCCCCGCGAGCUUCUCCCGGCUGGAGAGGUGACGCGCGGCUAUGGCAGGAGCCUCUAUAGCUGCGCGUCACCUCUGCAGCCAGGAGAGGGUCGCGGGGGGCUGCUUUAGCCCCGCGUGCGCACUCUCCCGGCUGGAGAGGUGACACGGGGCUGUAGAGGUUCCUGCCAUAGCCGAGCGUCACCUCUCCAGCCGGGAGAGGGUCACGGGGCUAUGGCAUCUUCGCUCCAUAGGACACACACACAUUUCCCCUUCAGUUUUGAAGGGGAAAAAGUGCAUUCUAUAGAGCGAAAAAUACGGUAAAAGGAAAUUUUCUCCAUAUUGAAAGCCACACCUCUUUACUGAUGCUAAUCUGCCAAUCAGCUUCCCAUAUCUCCUAUAAACCAUAUGCUAUGUCCAUGUUUAUUUGGAUCAACACGUUAUACAGUCUAGACAAUAGAAUCUGUUCUAUCUCUUUAGCAGAGUUCAACUGUAAUCCAAAGGGGAAACUGAUGUGGUUUGGUGUAUCAAAUUUUCACAGCAACCAAGGGAUUCUGCAUUCCUUGAAUUGAAAUUUCUACAAAUCCCUUGGGAGUGGCUGAGGUUGUGUAAAUAAUGUCAGAGUUUGUUUAAACCUGCACUGUGGAGGAGUAAAGGGAAAAUAUUUCUACUGAACUGCCAUUUUCUUAUUUUAAAAUAAUCAUACGUCAAAUAUCAGAAACCUGGGAACUCCCCUAAUGUUCUAUGUUCUAGCUCAUCUAAGCAGCAAAACAGAGGGCAAUUUUAAGUGCUGUCGCCAGUGCUUGUCCUACUCAGAGUAAAGUCAUUUAAACUAAUAGACAAUGGCUAACUUUUGUCAAUUAAUUUCAGUGAGUCUACUCUUAGUAGAAAUUAGUUGAAUAAAAUCCUAAAUAUGUGGGCUUCUAGAUUUGGCACCUUUUUUUACAUUUAAUUUGCUAGUAAAACCCUCCUCCUGCUUUCCAGUGUUCGAUGACUACAGGAAGAUUGCUAACAAAGACAUUACGGAGAGCAUUAAAUCUGAAAUGUCAGGAGAUCUUGAGGAUGCCUUGUUAGCGAUAGGUGAGUCAUUUACUGAGCUGCUGAAAUGAAACGGGGGAUGGGAUGGUCUUGUGGGGCAACUUGAAAGAGCUAUGGAGGUGCCUUGCAAUGAUGGUCUUGGUUUCUGCACCCUUCUCUCAAGAAGUCCAAUAAACUCUACAUGAAGAUUAUCCAGCAGCCCUGUGAGAUAGGCUUGACUGAGAUAGUUUGGCUCAGGUCACCCGGUGAAUUUCAUGGUUUAUGCCCAGGAUAGCUAAUGCAAUGCCUCCUUCCAUGUGAGCCUUCGAAGCUCCUUAAUAUCUGCAGGGGAGACUUUCCCCCGCAUUCUGGUAACAGUUUGUUCAAACGUGAGAAAUCGCUUCUUUGGUCACAUCCAGACUGGAACUCCCUGUCUUGGGAGGUUAAUUUGCCCCCCACACUGACCUUCCAUUGUCUGCUGAAGGUGUUUUGGCCUGCUGGGCUGAGGUGUAUUAGUGUAAAGCUGUUUUUGUCUCCAAACGAAUACUGUGGCAUUUCUUUGUUUUACUGAUUUCAUCAAUAUCUGUUAGAAUUUAGUAUUUGCAAAGGGUCGUUGCAAUAGAAUGAUUUAUAACUCACCCCCUUUAGCAAAUAAUGAUCUGACUUUCACGUAACCGUAGCAAAAAAACAAACUAUGAUUUAACGUGAACAAAAUUAAUGCUGAACAAGUUGGAACAAAUCUGGGUUACAGAUCAUGGUUUGUUUGGAGAGAACUAGCACUUGAGGCAAAAUGGGUUCGGACAUUUUAUAAUAUACCGUAUGUAUUUUAAUGGAUGUGUUUUCUGUGUUGUUUUAAUUCUGUUAAGAGUUUAAUUACUUUUAAGCAAUUAUCUUUUAUGUAUUUUUAGCUUUUUGUAUUUUAUCUGCGUUGUUUUAAUUUGUGUAAGCCAGCUUGAAUCCUGGUCUGGGGAAAAGGCAGGAUAUAAAUAAAUACAGUGGUACCCCGCAAGACGAACGCCUCGCAAGACGGAAAACCCGCUAGACGAAAGGGUUUUCCGUUUUGGAGGCGCUUCGCAAAACGAAUUUCCCUAUGGGCUUGCUUCGCAAGACGACAGCCCAUAGGGAAAUCUCAGGGACAGCGGGGAGCGCAGCGCGUCUUCCCCACUGUCCUCGGACCUCCUCCGAAGCCUGGCGGCGGGGCGGGGACACCUCCUCCGCCGCCGCCCGGCUCGGAGCGGUGCUCCGAGCCGGGCGGGGGAGGGAAGACCUCCCGCCUCUGCCCGGCCCGGAACGGUGCUCCGAGCCGGGCGGUGGGGAGGGAAGACCUCCCGCCUCUGCCCGGCUCGGAACGGUGCUCCGGGCCGGGCGGUGGGGAGGAAGACCUCCCCGCCGCCCGGCCCGGACGGUGCUCCGGCCGGGCGGGGGAGGAAGACCUCCCCGCCGCCCGGCUCGGAACGGUGCUCCGAGCCGGGCGGGGAGGGAAGACCUCCCGCCGCCGCCCGGCUCGGAGCGGUGCUCCGAGCCGGGCGGGGGAGGGAAGACCUUCUGAAGGCGGGCGGGGGCGAAGUCUUUGCUCCCCUGCCUGCCUGUCCCGGAGGGCUUUUGAAGGCGGGGGAGCAAGACUUUCGCCCCCGCCCGCCUUCAGAAGAGGUCCUGGACCUCUUCUGAAGGCUGGCGGGGGGCAAAAGUCUUUGUCCCCCCUGCCUGCCUUCCCAGGGGCUUUUAAAUUGCCCCGGACAGCGGAGAAGUCCUCCGCUGUCCCGGGGUUUUUUAAAAUGCUGGGGGUGGGAAGAAAAGCCCUUGUCCCCCCCCCCAGCCUUCAGAAGAGGUCCGGGGACAGACUGUCCCCGGACCUGGUCUGAAGGCGGUUUCCCUAGGAACGCAUUAAUUGAUUUUCAAUGCAUUCCUAUGGGAAACCGUGCAUCGCAAGACGAAAAACUCGCAAGACGAAGAGACUUGCGGAACGAAUUAAUUUCGUCUUGCGAGGCACCACUGUAUAAUAAUAAAGGUAAAGGUACCCCUGACCGUUAGGUCCAGUCGCGGACGACUCUGGGGUUGCGCGCUCAUCUCGCUCUAUAGGCCGAGGGAGCUGGCGUUUGUCCGCAGACAGUUCUGGGUCAUAUGGCCAGCAUGACUAAGCCGCUUCUGACGAACCAGAGCAGCGCAAGGAAACGCCGUUUACCUUCCCGCCGGAGCGGUACCUAUUUAUCUACUUGCACUUGACAUGCUUUUGAACUGCUAGGUGGGCAGGAGCUGGGACCAAACAAUGGGAGCUCACCCCGUUGCGGGGAUUCAAACUGCCUUCCACUCAUCAAGCCCUAGGCUCUGUGGUUUAGACUACAGCGCCACCCAUGUCCCUGUAAUAUAAUAAUAGUAAAUAAUAAAUGGUGACAACCCAGACUCCUCGGAGCUCCUUGGACAAGCCAAACUCCUGUUUCCUUGGAAGAAAGCAGCAGCAGAGCGAGAAGUUUGAAUCAACGCUUCUGUUUCAAAAUAAAACCAUAGUUUUUGUUUUAAACUGUAGUUCAAUGUGAUGUUUGAACUUGGCCAAUAAUAAUAUCAUGACUGAUCAGGGAUUUGAAGCUAUGACUUCCCAGGCCAGGUCUGACCCUCCAGCUCAUAGACUCAUAGAAGUGUAGAAUUGGAAAGGACCCCAGGGGUCAUCUAGUCCAGCCCCCUGCAAUGCAGGACUCUCAACUAGAUCAUACAUGACUGAUGGCCAUCCAACCUCUGCUUAAAAAGUUGGACUCCAAUUCCAAGCAGCCACAGCCAGCAUGUGCACCGGUUGGGGAUGCUGGAAGUUGUAGUCUAGCAACCUCUGGAGGGCAACAGGUUUCCCCCACCCUUAUUCUUCAUGCUUUCUCACUGGAUAAUGGCUGCUGAUGAAGGGACUCCUAUGUUGGGCAGUUUUCUCUUGGCCAAGUACAGUUGACACCACACUUUCUUUCUUCAAAAAUGCAGGCCCUCUGUUUGCUUGAAAAACUAUAUUCCUUGAUCACGAGCUUGUCUGGUUCCAGCUCUCUUUUCUAGCUUUGCUAACCUCGCUUCCUUUGUUUUUCUCCUUGCAGUAAACUGUAUAAGAAAUAGGCAUGCCUACUUUGCUGAAAGGCUGUACAAAUCCAUGAAGGUAAAUGGGGCAGGGGAGAGAGAAAGGUUUGAAUGGGCCUUGUUUGUUUGUUUGUUUGUUUGUUUGUUUGUUUGUUUGAAUGCAAAAACCGAGUGACCAGUUGCUUGUUUUCUCUCCUUCCCCCCAAUCAAGGGUUUAGGGACAAAUGACGACACCCUCAUUCGAGUAAUGGUCUCCCGCUGUGAGAUAGACAUGAUAGAUAUCAAGGCAGAGUUCAAGCGGAUGUAUGGAAAAUCCCUCUACUCCUUCAUUAAGGUGAGCUUGCAUUUUUUGUUCAUUUGUUUCCCCAUCCAAUUCCAGCACCUUUAAACUCCCAUGUAGGCCUCAAGCCUAAUGAAGCUUUGAGCUGCUCUCUCUCAUUGCUGUGAGGAGAAUUCCCUGCAGGAACAAUGUCCCCAAAGAGGCUCACACUCAUGUGAGCAGCCUGGAGCAGUGUUUAAUGGCCAUAGCAAAGCCAGAUACAAACCACCACCAUCCACAAUGUUGCUCUCCAGAUAUGUUAAACUACAUCUCGCAUGGCAGCGCCUGUAGUCUAGAACUCACAUCCUCUUGAAAUCAGGCGGGCACCCUGACUGCACUCUUUUCGGUGGCUGCUAAAUGGUUUUUGUUUAGACAAGUAGAAUGUGGGUGUAUGUUUUAAUCUCCUUUUAGUUUAUUGUCGAUUUUAAAACAUUCAAAAGAUAAAGUGUUGCUUUUACUGAUAACUUUGUUUUCGUCUCCUUGUAAAUUGCUUUGAGCUUUGCUUUUUUAGUCAAGUAGUGUAUCAAUUUUAUGAAAUAAAUAAGGUAAAUCUCCCAUCAGUCUCUGUCAGCAUGGCCUUAUGGCGCUGGGGCUGAUGAGAGCUGUCGUCCAAAACCUUUGUUGAGCACCCGGUUGGGGGAGACUGCUUUAAACCAUUAAUCAAAAGCAUGACUUGACAGUGGCUUCAAAUUUCUCUUUCAGGGCGACACCUCAGGAGACUACAGGAAAGUCCUGCUCCUCCUUUGUGGUGGGGAAGACUAACAGCCCAAAUGGCCUCUUGCCUUUUCCUGCACCCAGGCAGUACGUCUUGCCCACGCUGCCUGCAGUCUCAAUCUCUUGCAGUAAUCCUUUUAUGCCAGUUUUGCAUCAUGCUAACCUAGAUUUUGUGUACUAUAAUAGGUUUGGAAAUAAUUUCUCCUUGGAAUCAUUGGCAGAUAAUAUACGUGUGGGGAGCUCUGAAUCUUUUUUGUGCCCUGGCUUCUAAAAUUGGACCUGCAAACGUGUUUGUGAUUUAAACAAAAAAAACCCCACAAAACCUGGCAACUCUCAAAUUUCCUGCAGGUCCUCUUGACUAGGUUUCAUUUGCCUAUACUCCUCACUCCUGAAGGGAUUGCACAGAAGGGACUGCUGACCACCUAAGUCAGCCUUCCUCACCUGGUGACCACCAGCUGUUGCCAAACCAUAACCCCCUCCAUCCUUGGACGUUGACUACAGACUGGUUGGAGUUGGUGGGUGUUACUCUCCAGAGGUUUUGGGCUGUAUCAGGCUAGGGAAUGCUAGCUUUAGUAUUCUGUUGAUCAGGCACAUCCAACUCCCAAGAGACUGUGAUCUACUCCCACUCUAAAAAUACUGGCAGUGAUCUACCCAUUGUCAUUGCCAAGAGUUGUUGAGCUUUUUGGGGGGAGGGGUUGCUGAUUGAUCAGGAGCACCACAGAGAUCUCUUGCUUUGAUCCUGUGAUCAACCCGGAAUGCCCCCGCGAUCAACUGGUAGAUCAUGAUUGACCUGUUGGACAUGCCUGCUGUAGAUUUAUAAAUGAAACAUAGGCUUUCCUUGCAGUCUGAAGUGAAACAGAGGAAAUUGCCUUAUAUUGGGCUAGACCAUUGGUCCAUCUAGCUCAGCACUGUCUACACUGACUGGCAGCAACUCCCAAAGAUUCCAGAGAAGAGUCUCUCCUGGAGAUUCCAGGAUCUGGGACCUUCUGUAUGCAAAGCAGGUGCUCUGUGGCCCUUCCCCAAAGUACAUCCCCCACACAACUACACCCUCAUAUACAGGAGGCUACGUAAGCAUUGUUACUUAGCUUCACAUGCCCACCAAAAUCUGCCAGGAACAAAUAUUGCAUAAUGAAGGGGCAGUGCAGGAUUUCAUCCCUUGGCCUCACUAUAACUGCUAGCAGAAUGCCCUGUACAUUGUAUUUCUUACCCUAAUCCCCCAGAGGCCAACCACACGUUUUAUUCAUUUCUUAACAUUCUUAGGGUCUGGUGUUUUGAAGAGGAGCCCCCGAGCCAGGUGACUUGUUCUCCUGUUGUCUUCAUUUCCCCAGAAUUCUUUUGGGGCCUCAACAAAUAAGGCCCCAAGGCAUUCUGGGCAAAGGGCAAUGGCAGCAGCUGCACUGCCUGGUGCUUGCCUUAUUGGUCCGGGGCUCCCUGUAAUGACCCAGCCAUACCACCUUUACACAGUACCCUUUGUACGCAUGGCAAGGGAGACUUGCUUUUCAAUCAAUGUAUAUGGGAACUGCUGCUUGCAUGAGUCGUUUUAUAAAUUGUUCUUUUUAGUAAAUCUGGAUAUUGCCAAGUCCAGCCUCUUGUUUAGUUCCCAAAGGGGGUUGUGCCUCAUUCCCAUUUAUGUGUAGUUGAUUUCAAGAAUUUUGCCCUUCUUAAGAAAAUCAAGUGCUUCUGGAGGGAAAUUGAGGAGGGCAGUUUCAGCUUGACUGAGGCUGUAGGGAGGUCACCUCUCUACAAUGCUUCUGCCUUCCUCCCAAGUUUAGCCCCUUUGCUUUACAUUUUUUUUAAAAAAAAUAUGCACAAUGGCUUAACAUUUCACACAUGCUCUGAACAGAAAAUCUGUGUCCAGAACAAAACAUGUUAACAGCAAAUGAAUGCAAUUUGGGUCCUACUCAGAAUGCUAGAGCACUUAUUUAAAACAAAACAAUCCUCCCCUGCUGUCUUCUGUGGUGCCUUUAGAAUCGCAAGUUGUAAAUUGCUGUGUCUGUAUAUAUUCUGCUGCCAAAAAUGUAACACCUUUUUGUGCCUUUCCUGUGAAAUGCAAAAAGUUGAACAGUCUGAUACGAAUUCUCAGCACCAAGAGCAUAAGUGAUAAAGGUUGACUCUUCUGAAUGUGAUAUAGAUAUGAGUGCAGGAAGCUCUGCCUUUGAUUGGAGCAGAAGCAUGAAGAGAAAUCGUCUCCUCCACUCUUCCACUAGAGAGCAAUUCUGAUCUAGCAAACAAUUUAUGUACAGCAGCUGGUCCAAAUGUCACUCACUGCUCAGAAAGCCCUCUCAUCUGUGCUUUGAAAAAAACAAAAACCUAUCAGGUUGUGAUUUACUUUUGUUUCAUGUUUGUGUGAAUUCUAUUUUGCUUCUAAAAGAGUGGGAAUUGAACCUGAGAUUUGAGUCAAGUUUCAGUCUUCUAAAACUAGUUCUCCUUUAGAAGACAACCCAGACUUCUGGUUAAAUGGGAAACAACUGUAAAGCCGUUGCAAAAAUGUGGCAGUGCAACAGGAGGUUGAAAUGGCAUCAUGCUACUUGCUUUCCACUCUAAUAAACCAAAGAUGUGUUUGCUGUAAACUUUGCUUUUUUAAAAAAA